AUGGGGAGAAAUGAAGUUGUGACUGGUUUUGUCAUUUAUGAUGGGAGGAACGGGAUCUAUUUUGCAUGGAGCAGUGUGUCUAAUAAUGACAUUAUUAUCGACUACAAGUACAGUCCUCAAAACAUGAAUUUACUCGGAAAAUGGGUGAGUGUCGCAAUCGAUGACAACUUGGAAGCUUGCCGGGAAGCUUCAAUCAUAUUGGAUCGCUAUGAAACCAGAAUCUUCAAAAGUAAAGCAGAGGUUAGUGAUAUAAAUCACAACGAGUUUAAAUUUUUUUCUCAGCUGCUUCUGGAAGUCCAACACGACGGUUGCUACAGAAACAGAAUGGAGAUGUUUCGUCACCACGAUUUGGGAUUAAUUGCUGAUCCGGAACAUUAUGUUAGAGACGUGGAGCAGAACGUUUCAUAUCGAGUUUGGAUUGCAUGCAAUCCAGAUUCCGAACUCAAACGCGAUAUUGGAGCAAGAUGGGUGGUGGUUGGCCUUUCUGAAAAAAUGGACUUGACUCGUCAGAGAAGUAGCACACAGUCGACUGAUUAUAAUAGUGAGCCACAAUCAAAUGAUCGAUCAUACGGACGCUCAUCUCAGGUCGGACGCCGCUCUUCUCCAGAAAACUAUUCGAACCGACGGUCGAGAUCACCAGAACGAUCAUCAAGGUUUGGGCCGAGAUACAACACCGACGAUAGACAAAAUUACGAUCAUCGGAAUCAGGAUAACUAUGGAUAUAAUACAGGGCCUCCAGUUAUGCUUGGGAAUCGUAGUCGCCGUUCACCAAGCCCUAGGAAUCGCUAUCAAGACUUUUUGAGUAGAGAUCGUCAAAACUAUAGAAAUGACGGUGGAUCCUAUCAGAAUCGACCAUCUGCUCAUCAAUCACCGAAUCGAUCGAUGCAAAACGAGCCGUAUGCUUCUAACCAAAAUAGUCAUCCAGAUAGUCGCCGCCCCGCUUCUUCUUUUAUGAAUCAAAGUAAAAAUUCCUAUUGUCCAUCUCCAUCUCCAAGCAAUCGUUCUUCCGAUUAUGCAGCACGACGAGAGAUUGCUCUUCAAUCUCCAAAAAUACCAUCAUCUGGACACUCAGUUCCACAUCAGAGGAAAAAUACAGACUCUCCGAGACCCCCUUCCAGGGCUGAAACCACGUCUGAAGAAGACACCGAUAAUGAAAUCGAAGACAGAAGUAGUCAGAAAAGCAAAAUCAGUUCGAAACAGGGAAAUCUGAUUCAAAACAACGAGCCGAUUGGAGAACAUAGACAGGUAACUGAUGCCACCAAAAUAUCAAGUGAUCGAAUCAAGUCUCGUGGAUUCAUACGACAAUUGACACCUGAAGAAGAAGAAAUGAAGACACUACGAACGACUGUGAACGAUAUCAAGGCUUUGGUGAAAAAUCUUGUUCGUCACCCAGAAGUUAUCGAGGCAAUGCAAGUAGCCAAUUUGGAAGAAUUUGAGGAGCUUAUUGAGAUAGUCGAAAGAAAGGAAUAG